UGAUCAUUGAAUCGAGUCGAAGCUAUGGCAGCACUGGAAUCUGCCUCUUUGAUCGUCGCUCGCUACUUGAAAGCCAACCAUUACAACGAGUCAUAUGAAGCAUUCGUACGGGAAGCUGGUCUUCCUCGGGAUGCAGGCACAACGUCAAAGGGCGAUCUCACAUUGGAGACUCUGCUUGAGGAGAAGAGAGUUUUCGAUGUCAGCGUCAGGUUCGAGAAACUGGGUGUUGAUGAUGGGAAGGGAAAGUGGAGCUUGCCCGCGCCUUCUGUGUCGAAGCCGGUCACUGAUCUGCCGACCGCAUCGAACAUUCUGAGUGUGAGAGUCGAGGUCGUGGACGACGGUGAGAGUCUUCUCCCUGUGCUACUAGCGACGACGGCCGAUCGUCGUCUACACAUGCUUGAUGCACGCACACUGGCCCUCCGCAAGUCCUUCUCCGCCAUCCACGACUCUCCAGUACUCUCAUGCACAGCAUUCGGCAAAAACAGACUUCUCACAUCCUCCAUGUCUGGCCAAGUCCAUCUCAGUGAUCUCGAGGGGAAAACCCUGCAAAAGCGCAAAGAUCAUACGAAGUACGUCGUCCGGGUUGCAAUACUGCCCGAUGCCUCGUCGCCGAUCAUAGCGACAGCCGGCUGGGACUCAAAGGUCUUCAUCUACAGACCGAAGCCGGCGUCGAAUUCAGAAUUGGACAUCGGAGAGCCCGCGGCGACGAUCGAACUACCUACCAAACCCGAAUCGAUGGUCUUUGUCCGCCAUCCGGACACCAAUCAUACUGUCCUUCUUGUGACCCGAACCGACUCCACCUUCAUCUAUUACUACACAGUCACCGAGGACUCACCACGACUUCUAGGCAGGCAAAACCUCGCACCACAUUCCAACGCAUGGGUCGCUUUCACGCCAUCAUCGAUGGACCUCUGCCCUACCGACCCGACGCUCCUUGCCAUUGGCACAUCAUCAACGCCACACAUGAAACUCUUGAUUGUCCGCCUCCUUUUCCCACCUCUCCGCCGAUCGCUGCUAGACGACACACUUGUUACCGAAACACAGGCUUCACAAGCUCGAGCAGCACUUCUCGUCGCUGAUCGUGAAGACGCAGCGAUUGUCAUCCAAACCUCAACGCUGGCGCCACAAACCCCAUAUUCCACUCCUGCAGUCGCAUGGAGGCCGGAUGGGACUGGUGUGUGGGUGAACGGAGACGAUGGAGCGGUUCGAGGAAUUGAAGCUGUGACUGGGAAGGUGAUCAGUGUCUUGCAAGGACAUGAAGCAGGGAGCAAAGUCAGAUGUUUGUGGGCAGGGAACGUGGAGAGUGAGCAUGGGAUGAGUAAGGAGGUGGUGGUCAGCGGAGGGUUCGAUCAUCGACUGAUCGUGUGGGAGAUCGAGUAG